AUGACGAGUGAAAUGGUCACCGCAUUGGUGGCGAUCUCUCCUCGAUUUGUUGCUACAGGCGAUGCAGACUCGUGCUUACAUAUUCGUCAGUUCGAUAUUGAUGCAGCAAAGUUGGGUGGUUUUGGGCGAAGUCACACUCUGGAGAUCCAGGGUUUAGAUAAGCCUAAGUUUCCACUCUAUAAGCCGACCUCAUCUGUUUCACUAGGAAAAUGCUCGCAUUCUCCAGUAUCGUCGCUAUGUGCUGCAGGUAAUAACAUUCUAGCCACCAGUGGCUCGUCUGCGUCGCUCUGGGAUGUGGUUUCUCGCAGCAGAGUCCGACACUUUGCAACCACGGAUGUUGCCAACUGUGCGGACUUUGUAACACCAAAUUUGGUAGCAGUUGCCGGAAAUGCAUGUGAGUUGAGCCUAUUUGAUGUCCGCAGCCACCAUUCGUCUCCGAUUUUGUCAAAGAAAGUAGCUCUCGACAACUUAUACGGCCUCGUAGUGGAUGGAUCGGUCGUGUACUGUGGAGGAGCAGACGGGGACAUACACAAGGUGGACCUCCGCAACCAGAAGAAAGAAACAUGGCAAUUGUGGAGAAAGGAUGCUAUUUUGGAUUUGAAGAUGGCUUAUGGCUCCACAUCAGGAGUGGUGGCCUCCACUGAAUCGGGAAGAGUGUGUUGCGUCGAUUCGUAUGAGCCGGACUAUAAGUUUUCAUUUGAUACCGGUGAAAGUUUCAGCCACCGAAUCAAAUGUGACGUUGUAUCCACUUCAAAAGGCGUGGAUGUGGCAUGUGGAGGUGAGAACGGCGUGGUGUAUGUGUUUCAAUAUGAUGGGAAACACGAGCUGCGAACUGAUAUUACAAUCGGGGAAGGGUUGGUUGCCUCCGUGUGUUGGAGUGGAGAUGAUCUUUUUGCUUCCACUGGAAGUGAUGUUGUUUUUGUGGAUUUGGAAUGA